AUGUUCAUCAAAAGGUUGCUCGUUCCUUCAUCUUCAAAUACGAGCCCACAAAAGAACACACCCUAUGGUGAUCAAAAAUCCAAAAAAUCACCAACCUACGAAUUCAAUGAUGAUUCGCCAAUAUUAGAUCAAUCCCGAAUGAGAAAUGUUGAAGAACAAGUAGUGGAACCAUCAUCACCAAUUCAACCUCCAAUUUCAUCAUUUCAGCCCAUCACAACCAAUUCUGAUACGGAUAUUCAGACGGGAGGAGACGAUAUUCCUCAACAGGAAUUUAAUUCAUCAUUUGAAUGUGAAUAUAGUAAAAUUGAUUUUACAUUUGGUGAAAAGUAUAGCAACUUUACAUUAUACGAGGCAUAUAAUAGAUUUUAUCUUGUUGGAUGCAAUGGAUCAAAAACAAAGUAUAAAAUGUUAAAAAUUGAUAGACCCAAUGGAGCUGAUUGUGACAUUGUCAAUUAUUUAAAUGAAGAUGCUGGAGAGUAUAGCUUGAAACAAAUCAAUGAUCUAUUGCACAUGAUAAAAUUUGCAAUGAAGAGUAUUCAACAAGAUAUCAAACUCCAUACUAAUAAUAUUUAUGGCAUUUUGGGGUUUAUUGAACUCAAAUCUCAUCAUUAUUUGGUUUUGAUAACGGAUAGACUUAAAGUUGGAAUGAUUGGUAAUGCUAGUGUCUAUGAAAUUAAAGAUACUAAAUUAGUGAAAUUAUCUAUGCAUGACAACCUUUCAAAACAAGAACAGUUAAUCGAAGACAAGUAUAAGGAAUUAUUUAAUAAUAUUAAUUUGAAUCAGGAUUUUUACUUUAGUUAUAACUAUGAUCUCACAAAAACAUUGCAACAAAACUCUACACCAAUAGUGACUUAUGGAGAUGAACCAAAAAACACAACAUGUGAUAUGUUUGUUUGGAAUUCACAUCUUCUUGAACCAUUGAAGAGGACGAAAAUGUCUAAAUGGAUGUGUCCAUGCAUUCAUGGCCACUUUAUUCAAUCCAAGGUUUCAAUGGCUCUUGCUGAUUAUACCAAACCAGUGCCAGUUAAAAGAAACUCUUCAAAGGAAUUAAUGAAACCUUCUCAACAUGAAGAAUUCAACAAAACACUCCAGAAAAAUCAAAUUAAAACAGGUAACAGUAAUAUAUCUAUUGUAUUGACAGUUAUUGCAAGGAGAAGUCGAUAUUAUGCUGGUACUAGAUACCUUAAACGAGGUAUUUCAGAUGGAGGUCAUGUGGCCAAUCAUGUUGAAAUUGAGCAAAUAGUUUAUGAAGCAAAUCACCAUUUAUUCAAUAAUCAAUCUCAAGGUGCAUUUAGUAGCUUUGUUCAAGUGAGAGGAAGUAUUCCUCUAUAUUGGUCUCAAUCUACUGCUACCACUACAACAAUGACCACUACCACGACCACUGUCGAUGAAAACGAUCAAAAGAAUACUACUACUACCACAACAAAAGCAUCCACAUCAAACCUACUCUCAAAACCUAAUAUUAUUAUUACAAAAUUUGAUCCUCUCUAUCUGGAUAGUAUGCAUCAUUUCAAUAACCUAUUCGAAAGAUACGAAGGUUCUCCAAUCAUGUGUCUGGAUCUAGUGAAACAGCACGAGAAAAAACCAAGAGAAAUAAUAUUGGGAGAAAAAUUCAAGAUUUGCAUAGAAUAUCUUAACAGGAAUAUUUACAAAAAUGAAGAACCAUUCAAACAAAAGAAGCAUAUAGAAUAUGUUCCAUUUGAUUUCAGGAAUGCAAUUAAAGACAAACCUGAAAAGGCAUUGAAUGAACUCCAUGCAAUUGCAGAAAAUCAUGUAAGACAAUGUAAAUUUUUCACAACAUCCAAGUAUGGAAAAGUGAUACAGGAACAAUCUGGUGUUUUAAGAACUAAUUGUAUUGAUUGUCUUGAUAGAACAGGUGUAGCUCAAUUUAUUAUUGCCAAAUAUGUUCUUGGAGAACAAUUAUGUUCACUGGGAAUUAUUGAAUCACCUCAUCUUGUUCACCAUGGUCAAUUCAUUUUAAUUUUAAUGCAAAUGUAUGAACAAGUUAGUGACCAUAUUGCUAUUCAAUACAGUGGAAGUAGAACAGUUAGUGUUGAUAUUCACAAUAGAGGAGGUGUUUUGGCUGAUUUAAUGACAAAUAUGAAAAGAUAUUAUAGUAGUAACUUUAAAGAUGAGUGGAAACAACAUGCUAUCAAUAUAUUUUUGGGUAACUAUAAACCAAGUUUCCACAUUAGAUUGUUUGGAGUACAUUUGUGGGAUUUGGAAAGUGGUGAUAUUUAUUUACACGAUGAUAGGGAUUUAAGUAUGAUUACUGAUGAAGAAGACUCUUGUGACGAUUACUCUGAUGACUCAGAUGAUGAAGAGGAAGUAUCUAAUCAAGUUACCUCCCAGCUCUAUUUUGAUGAAACAUAUAAUCCAAGACAAAUAACAGACCUGAGUGAUGAAAGGCUAGAUCAGCUCUCUUUGACUAUUAACUCUGAAGUUGAAGAUGAAAUCGAAUCAGUUCUUCCAGUGAAAGAAAUGGAGAAUAAGACACACGAAAAGAAACAAGAAAAAUCACCUACUUCACCAAUCCCAACACCUUCUGAUAAUGUGGCAGAGAAUGAAAAAAUCCUUAAGAGUAUUAUGAACUCUAUGAAGCUUACUCUCAACGAGAAUGGCUCUACAACUGUUCUUCCUCAGGGAGAAAUUUUGAGAUCAUUAGAAGGUAAAAUGAGUAAUGAGUAUCCAAAUAUUUCAUUUGAAGUAUUGAGAGAUUUCUAUAAUGUAGAUGUUAAUUCUAUUUACAAUAAUUUACAAGCAAGAAAAUGUAUAGAAAGAAAUGUUAUUCCUAGUUAUGAUAUGGAUAUGUAUUCUAAUUAUACCACCGAAUUUAAUAACCAAUUAAUUGAGGAAAAGAAUAUUAGUGAUCAAUCAGUUCAAAGAUCACAGGAAUAUGAUGAAUAUAUUUCUCAAUACUUUAUUGAAAAUCAGUUUGAAUCCAAAUCAAUAACCCCUUAUAUUGUACCAGCUCAUAACCAAACCAUUUAUGGCCAAUAUGUAAAGUAUCAAUAUGAUGUAUCAUUCCUGAAUAAGAAAGAGGUUUCAAAGAUUAAUAUGUACAAGCAAGUUACAUCCAAUGAUAAGAAGCCUAAGAAUAAUAUUGUAGAUGGUCCACUUUCUGCUAUCAAUUCAUUGGUUCUUCUCUAUAAGGACGAUAUUAUUGUAUUGAACAAGCUUAAAAAAUUCUUUCCAUUGGCACACGAUAUUGAUCAGUUAGUUUCACACAUUCAAGUUGUAAUAGCCUAUUUGAAGAAUAACCUUACCCUACUGGAUAGAGUUCGUUACCCAAAGCAAAGUAAUUAUUCAACUUCAUUGUAUAAUUUAUUGAAAGGAAAGAUUUACAGAAAAUGUUUCGAAUCUAAAGAGGCGAUAGAUUUGCUUUUGAAUUUUAACAACACCCAAAAUAAUGAUCUCAGCCAACCAUUUGUUGUAAUUAAUAUGGAAAGUAGAAAGCAAGCAGUUGAAUUCUAUCAACUUCUCCUUGAGUCCAACAUUAUUCACCAUGUUAACUAUGGGCUAUCAUUUAUUGAUGGCUAUUAUUUGUAUAGAUUUAGUAAUGAUAACCCAAUCCGAGUUAUUAACAUGAGUUUACCUAUUAGUGACGUAUUUUCAUAUCCUGAAUCGAUUGAAAACAUUCCAUAUAGGUGUGAACCUAAUGCAGUUCUUUACAAAUUAAUGGAAUACCUAAGACAAAUGUAUCAAGGAAUAUUCCCUAAAUAUGAAAAGUAUAAUUUCCGAAAUGCCACUUUCUUCAAGACUGUAUCCCAACAUUCUAGAAAAAUUGUGUGUACAAACCACAUUUACCUAACUCAGUUACUUCCUCUUUGCCAUGAAUUAUCAAGAAUUGAUCUUUCUAGUCUUAUGGAUGUUCAUGAAGAAAAGAAUGAACGAGUUAGAUUCAGAUGUUUCUUUUUGAACCUAUUCUUAACACUAUUCUAUCAUUCUUUAUUGAUAAUGGGAUCUAGCAGCAAGUAUAGACUAGUGGGAAAUAAUGCCACUUUCAUUUUCUAUAAUAGAAUGGCUUAUCAAGUUGAUGGCUUGAUAUUUUCACUUUCUGACAUUCGUGAUGGAAUUUUGAGAGGAAACAAGAGCUAUCCUAAUGGUAUUGUUACAGAUAUGUCUCACGACCAGAAAAAUAUUGUUGGCUCUAGUAAAUUGUUAGCUCCUCCAAUCAAUGUUUUGAAUGGGAAUGGUAUGAAAUCUUUUGAUAGAAGAUCACGAUUUAUUUCUUUCUACUCUAAUUAUGUUGAUUUGAGAUUGAUAUUUAUAAUGUACAGAUAUGGUGAGCUAUUGUGGAAUGAAAAAUCUCAAAUAUCUAUCCUUCCAAACUCACAACAAUUCAAGAAUAUGAGAAUGAGAAAUUGUUGUACUUUAUUCCCAUACAUUACUCCAGAAAACUAUGAAUCAUUUGUCAGAAAGGAAACAGAAUUAUUCCUCCUACAAAACAUCAAAAUUAUUAACAAUUUCAACAACUCUACUUCUCAAUCCAAUAAUAUAAUUAUCCUUCCAAAACUCUUUAGAGUAUAUAGAGAAUCAUUUGGAUAUACCUUACAAGAUAUCAGCAAGAAUCUAAUUGAAAAAUGCAUGAAUCACAACUCUGAGAUUGAACAACAUCAAAAACCAUUCAAUCUCCUUAAGGAACAACUUAGACAUGUAUACAAACAUUCUCACCUCUACACUGUUAAGGAGGAAGAUACUUAAUUUCUCAAUA